AACUUUUGCAUUUAGUUUUAAAAAACAGCUGUGUUCAUGCGUGAUGCACGUCAAAAGCUUGGAAGUUUCUCGAACAUCUAGUGGUACCACAUUUCAAUUGAACUGCUCUCGCUCACUUCAGUGCUCGUGACAGACGCUUUUAGUUGUAAGCGCCUCGCUGCCCUUCGUCUACACCAGCAGGCCAUGGUCUGCACGUGCGGAACUUCGGCGUCUCCCUAGUUCUCAGUUGCUAGGCGCCACUCUUACACUUUGAUUGGCUAACGUUGUAACACCCUUGAUUUUGAUUGGUCUCUCAGAUCGCAAUGGUUAUCGAUGUUUUAAUAUCAGCUGUUACGGUAGCUUUUGUGUCAGUCGAGAUUAUUCUAUGAGAACUGAGAGUCGAAGGUAGUUCGGCUUCACUACCUCUCUUCUUUCAUACAUUACUUUACUCAGUUGAAAGUAAAAUUUUGCCAUGGCAAACAGUAUAGCUGUUUUGAACAAAACUCAGCAGUUGCCUGUCUGGACAAGUAAUCAUUUCGAUGAUGUGAUUCAUCAGCAAGUUAACUUGACAAUCAACAGUCUUCACGGGAAUCCAGCUCUUAGAAGUCCGGGUUUCCAUGAUACCACAAUAUCCUCGGUCGACCCGAAAGACUUCUUAUCUUAUCUCCGGGAAGACGAUGCUUUAGACAACAAGUGUCAACUUCUCUCACAGAAGGUAGAACGCUGCCUAAAAGAAGCUAAGGACAAAUACUUGCAGUGCGCUGAAGUGCUAAUUCCAUCUGAUCUCAUACUGCGGAUUGUACACGAUAUUCUGCGCAUGUCAGAAAAGGAGCCUUGUGGACUCAGAGGGUGCGUUCUGUACGUGAAUCUCGAAGAAAAGAGUACGUGUCAUCGGAUUGGUAAGGUUAAGUGCGAUCCAGACACCGUUGCGACCUUUGAAGUUGUAUUAACUCUUAAGCAAGACUGUAGUAGUUGGUUAAGUCUACGACAUUUAAUACCUGCCAGACUGCUCAAGAGUUUCGGCCGAAACUCACCUCUAGUUAUUAGUGAAAACUAUAUGCUAAACAAGAAGAAACUAUACCGUUCGUCGAGCCUUCUCUCUUAAUACUUCCUGUAGACGCACCAUUAAACAUAACUGUAUAUAAGUAUGCGUGUAAAUGAAACUGUCAGAUAUGUAAGCUAAUAUAUAUGACAGCCGCUGGACCGGAUUUUCCUGAAUACGACUUGGAUCAAAUUCUCGACUGUAACUUUUUAUUUCAUUGUUGUACACACACACACGUUGAUCAUUGUAAAAUUUCAAGUAUUGUUUUUGUGUGUGAGGGAAGGACUGUGAUCCGUAGCGCUGUCUAAACAGCAAUUUUGUUUACUUUUUGUUCACGUUAUAACUAGUAUAAUAUAAACAAUGGAGAUUAACAAAAACUUUUUAUCUUAUCACACAAAGUUUUGUUUCUACUCUGCAUGUGAGAUAUAUAUAUUGUUUUUAUUGUUUUAACUAGUCAAUUAUCGCAUUUUGUACUCGAAGCUGUUUAGGACGACAAUGGUUAAUUUAUGUUUCGACAAACACUGCUUUUUUUUAUUGUGGUUAUUUAUUCUAGUCCUACUAAAAAUUAGUGAAAUUGAUAUAUGAUAUACACGAAAUUUACUUACAUUCAUCUUUCGUCAUAACUACUUUCUAAGAAUUUCAAUUUUCUUGUAACGGUGCCUACAAUGGUUGUUAGCCCUUCUUUUGUGCAGCAGUGUUGUCUUGGCAGUAUUUUACAGAAACUGUCAUGUUUUAAAUCACAAUAAACAUUUUAAUAA